AUGAUCGAUCCAGAUCGAUGCAUGGAGCAGAUCCAAGGUUCUGUGGCAGAUCUGCUUGCUGGAGUGACUCAUGAGAGUGUGCAGUGCAUGCAGAGUAGGAGGAGAUGCUGUGAGGGGUGGGGCUCCAGCUGGAAGGAUGGUGGCCGCGACAAGAAGGGUGAAGGCUCCCAGUGGUGGAAGAAGGACGACGACCCGUGGGACGAGGACCCCAAUGACAUGUCCGGCAUCGAUGUGAGAAAGUGCAAGAAAUGCAAGCACAACUGGUCCUAUGUGCGGGAGGGUGGUGAGCUCUACAUCUACUCGGCCAACCGAGAGAACCUCUGGGAUCCCUACAGCAAGGGCAGUGGAGGCCGGUGGGACCUGAAGGACUUUGCCAACUACAUUGAGCCCACCUUGGCGAAGAAGAAGAAGAAGAACAGGGGCAAGCAGCGAAAGGUGUGGUGGGCCAAGGUCAAGGGGUGGAAGGAUGCCGGCGAGCCGGAGUUUCAGCCACCGAGUGAUGAAGAGGAAGAAGAUCCAGGCCAAGAGGGCCAAGAGCAAGCCGAAGCGGUGCCUUUCCGGCAGAAAGACUUUCAGAGUUUCCUGUGUUGCUUGUGUUUUCUUUGUUCCCGCGAAGCCAAGGCCCAGCAGCACCCGAAGCCAAAGGCCAGGAGCUGCGAAGCAGCAGAGAAGAGGAGGGACGGGUCGCCAGCCUCCAUGCGGAGCUAUCAGAGCUGGACCAAAGUGGAUGGCGAGCCGGACGAGGAUACAUGCAGAAUUGUUCGCACAGGGCUUGGGGACAGCCAGCCGGUUGCCGUGGAUGAUGAGGGUCCCGAGGCCAGUGGUCCACCAGCUCCCGAGGAGGCAGCAGGUACCGGUUCCCUCGUGCUCCACUUUAGAAGAACUCGCUUGCUUGCAGUGGCUAAGACGGCUAAGCCUGCGACCUCCAAGGGCAAGUUUGCUGCAAAAGCAGCGAAGAAGGAGCCCAAGGCCGCUGCCAAGGGGACGGCCACACCCAAGUCGCAAGCAGUGAAGACCGAGCCAACAGAAGCAGUGGGCAAGAUCGGCAUGGAGAGAGGCCAGCUGUCGGGACUGCUGACCUCGCUGUCCUACCAGUGCAAGGCCAAGAAAGCCACCCCCGAGCACAGAGCAGCAGCAGCGAAGAUCCUCAGCGACUACAAGGCAGCAGACGUGAGUGGCAAGAGCAAGAUCUUGGAGAAGCUUGUGCAGAGUGGCAUGCACUGCUUGGACUGGGCCAACGAGCUGACGAAGAACACGGAGGUUCAACACGAGGAAGCGAAUGAGUUUGUGAAAGGCUUCAUGACCCGGUCCAAAAUCCUGGAGCUCAAUGGCCUGAACGAAAGCAACCUUUCAGAGCAGGUGGCAGCCGACACCUUGCAGGACCUCCUGAGAGAGUCCGAGGAAAGGUUCAAGCACACCAGGCAAGAGCAGCCGCACAAGAACAAACUCCUGCAUCGCUACUUUUACAAGAUGCAGAAGGAGAGCACAGAGAGAGACUCUGCCACCGACACGACUCGGCACAGUCAGACGGGAACCAUGGAUGGUGGAAGCUUGGGCUCGUUGAUGGAUGCCUUCGGCAGUGGUGCCGCUUCCAGCAUUGAGGUGGACAUGAAGGGUGCCUUCAACAAGAACGUUCUUGAAAUUGCUGCCUCGCCUGCGAACCCACGAAGAACGUGGUCGUACCGGGACGAAUCGUUUGGGCACACAUUGUCGAAGCAUGCUGUUCGCAGGGGCGGGGAGUUCAGCAUGCUCGGAGUUGCAAAACUCAUCGAGAAGCUGCCCGAUCUUUCUGUGCUUGAUGAGAUUGCUGAGCUGCUUCGCACGCAGGCCUGUACACCUUACGAGCUGGCCCUCCUUGGCCUUCCGGAGAAGCUGGUGCCACUGCUGACUUCUGGAGCGACUUGGCCCUGGCCCACAGAGGGCCGCGGCUCUCAGCAAGCCCUUGAGGCUCUCGUCCCCGCCUUUCAGUGGCUCCUCGGCCUCACGGAGUCUCUGCCGGUAGCCGCGCCGGAGGGGCAGAUGUCAGGCAUCGACUGUCUCGUGCGCCCACUCGAGCUCACGCUGGAUCGGGACAGUCCGACGUCUAGCGGGUCGAGGACUCUCUUUGUGGAGCCACUACUACGCCUUGAAGAUCUGGAGCGCUUUGUGCUGCAGACAACCGCACCAGAGGACGAAGAGUACCUGGAAUGGUGCCGGCGGGCAGUGUCCAGACGCAUCGCUGAGCGACCGCUCUCCUCUGCCUCGCAAGAAGCACCCAUGGACCGAGGCCUGGAGCCCUGGAAGACGGCUUUGGUCACGAACUUCGAGAUGGUGGCGAAGCUGCCAGUGCAUACCUUACAGUACGACGACGGCGAGGAGGCUAAGCUGCUUCUGCACCUGCGAGAAGUGGUGCUGCUGCCAGCCACCGAGGCUGAUGAGGAAGAGCGCAGUGCUAGUGGUCCAGCUGCGGAAUCCGCGACUCAGGACCCUGGUGCCCCAGAGGCAGAGGACAGCGUCGUGCCCGCAACAGAUGGGGAUGCGGCGGAGGAGGCGAAGACGGCUGAAGGUGAGGCGGCAGAAGCAGCAGCCCCAGAGGCAGAUCCGUCUGAGAAGGUUCACAAGCUGAUUGUGAGGAUGCCAAUGGUUCAGGCCGGCGACAUCCCAUUCGACAUGGUGUGGGCUGAUAUGCUGGAGAAUGGCGAAGCUCUGCUUCAAGCCAGCCCAGAUGGCACCUGGACGGCAUUGGGCUGGAAGGAUAGAGCAGAGAUGAGAGAGGCUUUCAGCCAGGGAUUGCAGGCCACUGGUGAGGGGACCCUUGCACGUGGAAUGACGCGGGAGGAGGGCGUGCUGCUUCUGGAGCGCAUGGAUGAGCUAGCAGAUGCCAUGGAAGUCGUCGUGGACCGCAAUGAUGUACCGACUUCGCAGAAGCCCAGCAAACCCACUCCCACCGCUGGGCCCAUCUGCCGGCGCGUUCAGCUGGACCUUCCCUGUGGAUCCACUGUCGGCGUGGCAGUGUGGGAGCACGAGACUGGCGCGCUGGAUGUGGUCGACCAGACAGGACGUUUCCUGCCGUCUGUGCCGGCCAAGAAGGUUGCCUCAGCGCACCGACGCGCGCGUCACGCGCCGGGCCGCUCCCUUCCGCUGGAGCUGUCGGUGCUUGGGCUCACAGCAGGUGUCGACUCCAAGGCAUCCGGCGAAGCCGGCGGCAGCUACGAGUGGCAGUUUGCUGGUGACUCUGGCUGGUGCAACUUUGAGCCAGCUGCAGCGCGACUGUUGGAGGCUGCCCAGCAGAGAGGGGAGGAGAACGUGACGGUCCGGUCCGGCUCCAACCGGUAUCUCGUUGAUAUCCGUGCAGGCACGCAGAUGAACAUGACCCAUCCGGGUCGGCGUGUGCGACGUGUCCGACGGCUGGCAACCGGAGGCGGCAGCGGGGGCGCUUCGCGUGCGGCUCCCGUUUCGGCCCCCGCGUUGGAGCGACAUUUCUCCGCCGUGGACAGGGGGCCGGUGAACGACUUCCAGCACAAAGUAUGCAACCCCAGAUCCUCAAGAUUGCGCCUAGGCGAUCUGCAAAAAUUUCUGCGGGUGCUGCCGGUAGGCUGA